UCCUUAUUCCACACUCAUUCAUCAGUCAUCAGAAAAGCCUUGAUUGAUAAGAACUCACCUCUCUGUCUCUCUCUGCAAUUUCUUUCUUCACUUAAUUUUUUACUAUCUUUCUAGGCUUUAGCUUCUUUUUUUAAGAACAGUGAAAUUUCGUAGCCAUGAGCAGUGACCAACAAUAAUUCUCAUUUAUGAAAGAAAGAAACAGACACAGUGUAGACAUUGAAGUUAACAUUUAAACAUAGUAUAAUAAUGGGCAGGGAAGAGAGCUGGAGCUCAUCAUUAUCCUCAUCAUCGUCAUCAGUGCAGUCUCCAAUGGUGACACCGUUCUUGAAUUUAGAAAGAGACGAUCAUUGGAGGCAUUUUGAUAACUCAGCUAAUGCUGUUUCUUUUGGGUUCGUUGCUACUGCUAUUCUUAUCUCUAUGUUUCUUGUUAUGGCCAUUUUUGAACGGUUUCUCCGCCCAAGAUCAUCUUCUUCCUCUUCCUCUGCUACUGCACAUGCUACUGAUCUUGAAGCACCUGCUGUUUUUCAUUCCAAACUCCAUUACCCAUCUCCCAAGAUGACAGUGUAUGCAAAAGGAGUAUCAGUGUUGAUGCCAGGCGAGAACGUUCCUACUUUCCUUGCACACCCGGCUCCUGCACCUUGCCCUCCCGAGCCUAUCAUUAAGUCAUUUCAUCACCAUAGUCCCUGCUUCAGUUUCACCAGGCCCUCAACUUCAAGCUAAAAACCUAACUCAAGACGCCAGAUUAAGACCACUAACUACACCAACUGAUUUUUCAUUUCCCAAAAAACUCCCAAUUUGUAGUCUGAGCACCACUAAUUGGAUUCAAGACAAGAUGAACCCAUUGCUGUCCUCAAGCACAUAUGUGAUGUACAUAACUAGGAAGCGUAUUCAUCGCUCGCCGGUUCUACAUUUGUCUCAAUUGGAUUUCCUUUGGUAUCUAAUGCGAUUGUCUCUUAUGCAGAGAUUAUCAAGGGUUAUUAGAAUGUAAAAUUUGAGAAAUUUCAAUUGAAUUAUGCAUAGAGAAUGUAUGGGAAUGAGAUUAUGCAA